AUGAGGAGGUUUAUAAUGAAAAGCAAAGAGAGCAAGCAGAAUCUGGAACUAGUUGAGAAGCUUAAAAAACAGAUAAUUUACGGCUGUGGUGGUGGUCUCUGCAUAGGAAUAUUCUGUAAGCUAUCAGACAUUGAAAGCAUUUCAGAUGAAAUAGUAGAAUUACUCUUAGAAUACGAUGACUAUUUCACAUGCGAGUCACUGUACUUUAUACACGGCAGAGCAGCCCACACAGCACAGCAAGAGAGUAAGUAUUAUAGCACAAGAAUUGGUCUGCACCCGAACAUGAGUGUAGCACUGCUCCCACAGGCAGUAAAGAAACAAAUGAAUGAAUUGAGCAAUGUCCAAAACUCAGCUGGGAAGAUUAUAUCUCACAUAAACACUGCCCAGAAUAUAUUGAAGUAUUUCUAUAUGUCUCUUAAAAGCACGGGGCAGUCUUCAUAUUCUUGCAGUCCAAUAAUGCACAGGGAAUUUGGGGUUCCUCUUUCUUUAGUACAAGAAAAUUUCUUAUUACUGCCAAAACCUUACACUGAUGAAAACUCAAAAAAAGAAUAUUUAAGAAUGGAGCUAGCGCGGGUGAUUCAUAAGAAAAAAGCAAAAACAGAAGCAAUUGUUCUUCAAGGACUGUUCUAUCACGAAUUAAAUAGGCUGAAGGCAGGGUACUCUAUACACACAACCAUUAGGAUAAUCAAACUAUUUAAUGCGGUGAAGGAGUGUGUUAAGUUUGAGAAGAAAUACUUCAUUAGGUUUUUAGAGUCAAUUGAGAUGCUCUGCCAGGUGACUAAAGCUGAAAAUAUUCUGUGCAUGGACCGGUGUAAUAAAAUGCUGGGCGGGUUCAGCUACAAAAAGGUUCCAGAGUGUGGAUUUAAAGAGCACGAAGAGUUUCCUGUCAUUACUCGGCCCAUCCCAGUGAAAGAAUUAUGCUCAAGAGUUAUUGAAGAGUGUCCUUUAUGCAAUGAAACUUUGAAGGACUGCGAAUAUCCUCACUGUGACUCUCUGUGCUAUGCGUCUAACAAACUCUGCAUAAACGAGCUAAUUGAUCUAAUUAAGAGUCUUAUUAUUGUGAUAGACAAUACCAGUGUGAUAAAUAUGAGAGAGGGAACUCUUCUUCUAGCAAUACUUAAGAGUCUUAAAGGGCUUUACGAGUUUUCUGUUGAAACCGGCCUUAUACACCACUCUAUGUUUGUUAACAGAAGGUUUUCUCGGCUACUAAACUACAAGGCCGAAGUGCGCUACCACAAAGAGAGAAGCCACAGUAUUUUUGAUUUUCCAUUUAUACUUGACAUGCCAGCCAAGUCUGAUUUAAUUCAAAUAGAGAACACCGACAGAAUGAAGGCAGAAUUACAAGAUGCCUUUUUCCGGUCAAUGUUUGAAGGGCAGGUAGAUCCGUAUCUUAAUCUUGAGGUGGGGAGAGAAUCUGUUGUAGAGGACUCAUUGAGACUUCUGGAGUCCCUUGAAGAAGGGACCGCGUGGAAACAGUUAAAGAUAAAAUUUGUGGGUGAAGAUGGAAUAGACUCAGGAGGUAUUAAAAAAGAAUUCUUUCAAAUUCUUAGUCAGAAGACUCUUGGUGAGUGGGAUAUUUUCCGGGAGAGCAAUGGGUGCCUUUGGUUUAACCAUUUUUCUGAUGAAGAGCUAGAAAAAAGAAAAACACAGUAUAAAAUUCUUGGAAGCAUUCUUGGAUUAGCUGCAUACAACGGAGCUGUUCUUUGCUUUUACUUCCCGCAAGUAUUUUAUAAAAGGCUUCUGGGCUAUUCUGGGACAUUUGAGGACUUAAAAACAGUUGAACCCACGAUAUACCAGACACUUACACAGAUAAAAGAAAUGAGUCCAGAAGAGGUUUCUUCUCUUUCUCUUGAGUAUACACUAAACGGCAAAGUACAUGAGGUAUCCCAUCACAAUAUAGAAGAGUUCACUCAGGUGUAUUGUAAGGAACUUCUAGAAACUCGGCUAGAACCGGCAUUUGCACUAAUUAAAGAAGGUCUUUGGAGGAUAUGCGGUGACACUUUCAUUAAGUCUUUACUGCCAUGUGAGCUGAGCAUACUAAUAGGAGGAAUGGAAUGCAUAAAUAUGGAAGAAUUAGAGCGAUACACAAUCUAUAAUGGGUACAGGAGAGAUUCUGAACUUAUUCAGUCAUUCUGGGAGAUAUUCAAGCAGUACGACAUUACAAUGCAGAAAAAGUUUUUGCGUUUUGUCACAGGAACUGAUAGGGCACCUUCUGGAGGGCUCAGCCGAAUGGCUCUUGUAUUUAUGAGAAAUGGCGGCGACACUGACCGCCUUCCCUCUUCACAGACCUGUUUUAAUACGUUUCUUAUCCCAGAAUAUUCUAAUAAGAAGAAAUUAAAGGAAAAAUUGGAUUUAGCAAUAAGUAACACAGAAGGGUUCUUCCUUCUUUAGUUGCUAUAAAUAAAUGCUAUUACAGGGCCACG